AUGCUUUUUUCUGCAGCCUUGGUAGCUACAACAACUGCCGCUACAACAGCUGCCGCUACAACAGCUGCCGCUACAACAGCUGCGGCUACGACAACUGCCGCUACAAUAAUCGCGGCUACAACAACUGCUGCUACAAUAACCGCCGCUACAACGACUGCUGCUACAACAACUGCCGCUACAACAACCGUCGCUACAAUAAUUGCGGCUACAACAACUGCGGCUACAAUAGCCGCCACUACAACUGUCGCUACAACAACUGCCGCUACAACAACCGGCGCUACAACAAUUGCGGCUACAACAACCGUCGCUACAAUAAUUGCGGGUACAACAACCGUCGCUACAACAACUGCCGCUACAACAACUGCCGCUACAACAACUGCGGCUACAAUAACCGCCACUACAACUGUCGCUACAACAACUGCCGCUACAACAACCGCUGCUGCAACAACCGCCGCUACAACAAUUGCGGCUACAACAACCGUCGCUACCACAACUGCUGCUACAACAACCGCCGCUAUAACAACUGCGGCUACAACAACCGUCGCUACAAUAAUUGCGGCUACAACAACAGCCGCUUCAACAACUGCGGCUACAACAACCGCCGCUACAACCGUCGCCACAACAAUCGCCGCUACCACAACUGCUGCUACAACAACCGCCGCUACAACAACUGCGGCUGCAACAACCGCCGCUACAACUGUCGCCACAACAAUCGCCGCUACCACAACUGCUGCUACAACAACCGCCGCUACAACAACCGCCGCUACAACUGUCGCUACAACUGUUGCUACAACAACCGCCGCUACAACAAUUGCGGCUACAACAACCGCCGCUACAACCAUCGCUACAACAACCGCCGCUACCACAACUGCUGCCACAACAACCGCCGCUAUAACAACUGCGGCUACAACAACCGUCGCUACAAUAAUUGCGGCUACAACAACCGUCGCUACAACAACUGCGGCUGCAACAACCGCGGCUACAACAACUGCUGCUACAACAAUUUCUACUACUGUAGCAACAACUACAGGUAUUUCAGUUAUUAUUACAUCAUGUACACCUGGUAGUAGCUGGAAUUCAACUGGUACAACUGUAGCUGGUGUGACAGGUGUACAGGGCGCAAAUGCAACUUUGCUUAAAUAUGUCAAUGAUGUUGCAAUUGACAUCUAUUCAAAUAUCUAUGUUGCUGAUACAGAUAAUCAAAGAAUUCAGCGAUUUGCAGCAAACACAUUCGUCGGUCAGACGAUAGCUGGAACUACCGGUUCUAUUGGCGCAUCAGCAACCACAUUCAAUUAUCCACGUGCUAUAUUUGUUCUUUCAAGCACAUUAUUCGUUUCAGAUGUUUACAACUAUCGAGUACAAAAGUUUAACUACAAUGCAUCAUCCGGUAUUACAGUUGCUGGAGGUAAUAUGAAAUUUUCCAUGAAAACCAGUUGUUAUUUAUAA